CAGCUGUGUUUAAACCGAGUUGAAAUACAGAGGACGCUUGCUGGAUGCUUGAUUGGACGAAGUAGAAAGUGUAGAGACACGGCUUCUUUCAUCACUUAUUCUAGAGGGUUAACGUGUCAUCGGUUUCGGCUGUGACUCGCACGCUCUGAGCAAACUAAUUGGGACGAAAGAGGCGGCUUUGUACAACAGUGUGAUGAACAAAAUGUUUGCAAGUGUAUCCAAGUGCACUCGUGAAGUCAAUGGCAAAAUAUCACCAGAGCUCUGCCUAAUGGAGUUUGAUGGCAUUCAUAAUCCAAAUGAUCCACAGUUUGAUGGUUGUAAGGCAGCAAUGACAUGUGCUUUCAAGAAGCUUGAUUAUAUGCAUGAAAAUGGAAAAUGGAACCAGGAUAAACUUUUGUCUCUCAGGAAUGGAAUAAAGAAUCAAGAUGCAUUAAGAGAGUUUGAUCAAACUUUUGAGACUUGUGGAUCAGUGGGAGGAACAAAUGGUGAAGCUGUUAUAAACAUGAUCACAUGUGUAUUAAAUUCUUCUAAUCGAGCAAAACAAAGCUACAAUGAACUUAAGGAUACCUUCAUGUCAGGAUACGACGAAUAGCGGAUCUUGACUACCAAAAAUAUAAAGGCAGAAUAUGUGAGCUUAGUAGGAUGUUGUAAGAGAAGCAUCAAGCUUAUUGAACAAUAAUAAACCAUCUGUGAUACAUUA